UGAAACCAUGUUCCAGGCACAGACACAACUCUUUCUGUGGUCUUUUUUCUGAUUCUGUGCUUAGCAGAGGGAAAUCCUGUGUUCGUUCUAUCAAACUACCUGUUACCACAACAAUUCAGAAGAAACUCUGGCUGGUGAACAAGACUGUAAAAUCUGAAUUCAGAAUGGAAGAUCGCUUCAGCUAUAGGAAUGGUGCUUACUGGGAUGACUCUGGAACAGAUUUCAACAGAGCCAACAGCAUGUCCAGGCCAAGUGGCAAAGCCAUUUACCGUCAAAGGAAAGAGUACAGUAGCACUAUAAUGAAGGCUGAGUAUGACUUCCGGCAUCGGGUGGAGCAUCUUUUGACUUGUACUAUUGAUGGCAAAGAAAUCAACAAUGUAGAGAAUUGUAUUGAGCGGCUCAAAAUGAUGGAUGCCCAAAGCCAUGUGUGGGGCCAAGACAUGCUUUUGCAGAUCAAGGAGAACAAAUUGUUGCUGACGGACAUAGAGGCUGAGGAAGAGCUGGACUGCUAUCCCUUGGAAGAUAUCCAGGAUUGUGUUGCCAUCCUUAACCGUUGUAUUUACAACUCCAUCUUGGCUAUUUCUGUGAAAGAAUUCAACCAGCACAAAACUAGUAUCUUGCUCUUUCAAUGCGAGCAGAUUGGGGCUGACUUGUUGAAAACCAAAAUACAGAAAGCUAUUGAGGAAUGGAGAACUGAAUGUCAGAAUCAUGAUAUGCUCAGAAUGAACUUAGAGAACGUGUUGAAUCGGCAAAACAGAGCACCUCACGUUGGUAACACCACACUAAUUCCUCAUGAUUCUCCUUGGGACAUGGACCCACGCUACACGGAAUUCAAUGAAGCUGAACGGCAAUUUGACCAGCAGCAGAAGUAUGAAACACAUCAAGAAGAUCCUAAACUCUCCCCGAUGUCACAGGAUAAAUAUAUAGAAAUUGAGAUCCUGAACCAUGUUCUGGAUGAUAUAGAAUCAUUUGCAAGAAAACUACAGAAGAAUGGCACCCUGAGUGACAAGAAGAAAAAGAAAAAGAAAAAAGGAAAGGAAAGUGAUAACAAUCAAGCAUUGCCCUCAGAAUCUGAGUUUGGAGAUUGCUUCCAGAAGAUCAAGUACAGUUUCAAUUUGCUGGGGAAUCUUGACCAAACCAUACAACAGCCAAGCGCUCCUGAAUUGAUCAGCCUCAUCUUCUCCACUCUAAGAACUAUUUUAUCCAGGUGUCCUAGGAUGAACUUGGCCUCUACAGUAGUCUUACCUUUGCUGACACCUGCAGCUAUUAAUUUGCUCAGCCGCUCCUUGAAAUAUGAUGAGCAGACUAUUUGGAGGAAUUUGGGAACUGCUUGGAAUAAGACUAGGGAAGAAUUUCCAAAGGGACAAUCCUUCCCUCCCUAUAUACCCACAUUUUCAGAUGGAUGGAUUCCUCCCAGGUCUACUUGGAGCUCCAACGAUAUGGCUCAGGCAAAUGGAACCCAGAAUAAUUCGUCAGAUGGGGCUUCCAAUCCUCCCCAACUCUUACAAGCCAUAAGUGAUUUCAAUGCACGGAAUUCCCAAGAGCUCACUGUAAGAAAAGGAGACCUAUUAGAGAUUUUGGACCAAAGAAAAAGAUGGUGGCUUGCCAGAAAUGCCAGGGGGGAGAAAGGCUAUAUUCCUAAUAAUAUUCUGGAAUCUAAGAAUCAGACAUCUAAUGAACAUAAUCCAGAGCAAGUUUCAACAGGUUUCACUGAUAUCCAGCCAAGUUCCUCACCAGCAGAAGUCACUGUUUGGCUCAGGACAAAAGGUUUUUCCAAGAUCACAGUUAAAUCCCUUGGCAUCUUAAAUGGUAGACAGCUACUGUCGAUGAGCCAAGAAGAACUGAAAAUGGCCUGCCCGGAAGAGGGAAGAAAAGUAUUUUCAAUGCUUACAGGAGUUAAAUCCCCACCAUAGUAAUGGUCCUCAGCAUUAGCUUUUGCAGAUCUCCCAACCCAUUCCAUCAUCUAUUUUGAAGAGAUCAUCACUGCGUCACUGGCACAACUCAAGUGAAAAUGUUAUUAGCUGCACGGUAACCUUCAAUCCACUAAUUUUCCAGUUAGUUUCUAAUUGCUGUGUUUAAGAAUAGCCUUCAAGAGGGCUUUAAGAUGCUUCUGUAAAUGCUGUAGCAAGUAACAUGCUUACCAUUUUUGAAUGAUCUCAGGAUCAUCUGUAAAUGACUGUUAUUACAGUGGUGACACACUCUUCUAUUAUUGGGCUAUGGCUUUCGGGACAGGGAUGUUUGCAGGGGUCAUUGAUUCUUGCAGCCCAGACUUAUCACAGACCACCUCAUCAAUUUUUGAGUGUGAAAAGAGACUAUAUCAAGGAAAUAUUUGUGAAGGAUAGAAUUUUAAAUGGAUCAUUUAGAUCUUUGAAAGAUAACCAGGAAAAGGUAGCCAGGAUGUUCUGAAUAAUGAAUCCGAUUUGGAAAUAAUCUAUCUUCUCCAAGUGAGGAUAAUUGGAGUGGGGUCAAAAGAUUAAGUGUAAAAAAAUUUAUUAUACUGUAUUAAUAGGUAUUCCAUCCCCAAAUUUGUGGUUAAGACACAGAUUAAUACAAUAAUUGAUCUUUUCCCAAGGAUUGGCAGAUUAUCCACUUAAUGAAAAGGCUCUAGCAAGCCAAUUUUUUUCCUCAUCCCAACCAUUUUAGAGAUAUUCACAGAUCAGAUUCUUUUUGGAUAAUAGACUUAUAUACCACUUCGCAGUGCUUUACUCUCUCCAAGUCAACAUAUUGCCCCCAACAAUCUGGGUCAAUUUACUGAUUUCGGAAGGAGGGAAGGCUGAGUCAACCUUGAGCCUGGUGAGAAUCUGAACUGCCAAACUGCAGGCAGCCAGCCGUCAGCAGAAGUACUGCAUCUAACCACUGUGCCAUCAUGGCUCCUCAUAAUGUCACCUAUUUUCCAACUUUCAUCAUUAUAUACAAACAUAGUUUAGGACAAGAACAUUUUGCUUGGAAAUAGAAGAGUUAGAUUGUUCAUUCCUUCUGACGCUCUUUCACACUUCUGGAUUAGAAAUGAAGAAAAUGAUUCAAUGUAUUUACUGGUUGAAAUAUACCAUUUUAUGAAUGUGUUAUGAAUAUGAAUAUAUCAGGUUUACUUUAAUUUCUCCAUUUGUCAGUUUAGAAAUAUUUUCACUGAUUCAUGCUAGAACACGAUAGAGAGAAGUUGGGCAGAAAAAAUGAAGUGAUUGUUUAAAAAAUAAUCAAUGAACUUCCCUUCUAUGAAAGAAAUGAUGUUUCAAUUAAUUCCAAAUUGUGCAUGUGUAUUCAUGUGAGAUCAUUCCCAGGAUUUGACAGCUUGUAAAUUUUGGGUUUGCAAAAAAUAUUGGACUGUUGACUAAUGAUUCAAUUUUCAGGAACCUACUUUAAGUAAAUCAGAAUACAAUUUUCAGAUGCUACUAGUGUUCAUCUAACUUAUUAUUUUGUUUAAUCCAUUUUAUUUAAAUAUUUCUCAUAUGUAACACAAAAUAAAAUUAGUAGCCUUUUAUAUUUCUUCUGUGCUGUUCUCAUUUUAGCUCCAAUCAGCU